AGCUGCGUCGGCCGGCUGAGUUCUGGCUGCAGCGUCCCCUGGUACUGGCAGAGUUUAUGCUUGAGGAGGGAGCCUCUUCCCAUCGCUCUCACAGACCAGGCGCUAAGUGCAGCAGUCCAGUCCGCAGUCUGCCACAGCACCACAAAACCCCGCAAUGCCCUUGGAUACUGACGCCACUCUCAUUUCCACACCGCUCUGACUAACCGUAUCUCUCAACGGGGUACAUUGGAUCUUUACUUCUGGACUGUUGUGUGUACACUCUCCUGAGUCCUCUGCGCAGCCUGAAGCGAAUGGAGAAGGUCCAAGGAUAACAGAGGGUGCAGGAUUUUGCUACUGCAGAAGACCUGCCGGUAGUUCGCUGCCCGGGGGGCUGUCUGUCUGUCAGAGGCUGUGGUGUCGCAUCCACUAUUUCCAUUAUCUAAAAUCGCCUUGCAUGGAUACAUCAUGGCUACGUUUGUAUGCAGGGUACAGUUCUUAGAUGACACUGAUCCAUUUAACAGCACCAAUUUCCCCGAACCUACCAGACCACCUCUAUACACUUUCAGGGAAGAUAUUCCUCUGAACAAUCAGAUUGCUGGAAUCCAUAGGCUUCUCAAAGCCCCACAGAAGCCUGAUGACUGUGCUCUUCAGCUGUCCCACAAUGGAAGCUACCUGGACUUGGAGUCCACCUUGGCAGAGCAGAGAGAUGAACUGGAGGGAUUUCAAGAGGAAGGAGGGAGAGGAAAGAAACACAGCAUCAUUCUUCGAACACAGCUAUCUGUCAGAGUUCAUGCCUGCAUUGAAAAACUCUACAACUCAACUGGACGGGAGCUACGCAGAGCCCUCUUUUCCCUCAAGCAGAUUUUCCAGGAUGACAAGGACCUGGUGCACGAGUUUGUGGUGGCAGAAGGACUCACGUGUUUGAUAAAAGUGGGAGCUGAAGCCGACCAGAACUACCAGAAUUAUAUCCUCAGGGCUCUUGGUCAGAUAAUGCUGUACGUGGAUGGGAUGAACGGCCUCAUAUCUCAUAAUGAAACGGUCCAGUGGCUUUACACCCUGGUCGGAUCCAAGUUCCGUCUGGUGGUGAAGACAGCCCUAAAGCUGCUGCUGGUGUUUGUGGAGUACACCGAAUCCAACGCCGCCCUGCUCAUAAAAGCUGUGAACGUGGUGGAUGCCAAAAGAGACACAAAGCUGUGGUCAAACGUCAUGGAGAUCCUGGACGAAAAGGAUGGAGUGGAUACAGAGCUGCUGGUGUAUGCAAUGACACUCAUCAAUAAGACUCUGGCAGGCCUCCCAGACCAGGACUCGUACUACGACAUGGUGGACUGUCUGGAGGAGCAGGGCAUUGAAGCCAUGGCACAGAGACACCUAAGCAGGAAAGGCACUGACCUCGACCUUGUGGAACAGUUCAACAUCUACGAGAUGACUCUUCGCCAUGAGGACGGAGACGAGGAAACCCAGUUGCCUCCCAGCGCCCGCAAGGACCGUCGGCGGGCCAGUGUCGGCGGCACCAAUGAGAGGCGCGGCCUCGAGAGAAGACGCAGCCGGAGACAUUCUCUGCAGAAUAGUAGGGGCCACGUUUCUGCCCCAGCAUCACCCUGCAGCCCUCACACUCAUGCAAGCAGCUUCCAGGCCUUCGGUGGCCAACGCAUUGAAGACAUCAGUGAAAGAUUUCUGUGUGUGUUGUCUCUCCUGGCCAUUCUUAUUCUCUGUGUUUUCAUAUUGUCCACUUUGUCUUCCCUCUUGCCUGCCUACAUCCUCCCUUUCCUCCUUUCAAACCUCGACCCCUCCUCUCACCACAGAGAAGAGGAAGAGGAGGAGGAAGGAGAGGGGGAGGAGGAGGAGGAGGAGGAGGAGGAGGUGGAGGAGGAUGAGGAUGAGGAGGACGAGGAAGAGGCAGAUGAUGAAAGUCAUCCAGUCACUGAGUCCUCUACUAGACAGGGCAAUCACAGUGUGGCUCCAGCUGUAGCAGACACUCCUAACAUGUGUCUGAACUUAAAGUGUAUGGCCAACAUCCUCCCUAAAGCCAGUGACCCUGAAGGGCAGAGAAAAUAUCUCAGCGUCAAGACCAGGACAUCUUCUCCUGUGUCCGUUGCACCUAAAAAGAGGACCCUUAGUCCUUGGCGUGUUCCUCCCCAGCCAUCUGACUGUGUCUUCCCUGUUGCUCUGAGUAAAGUGCCAGGCUCGGCACGCCCUCAGUGUCAGUCUACCCCAACCUCCCCCCCUUCCCCUCCCCCCCGAUGUCUCCCUCCUUCCCCUGAUUUGAACCAGAGCCAGGUGUCUGUUGGGGACGAGGAGAGUGAGAAGGGCCGGGACAGAGAAAGGCACCACAGUCUGACAGACAUAAACAGCUCUCCUACAUCUUACUCAGCUAGAAAGCCCUGCUGGGCUGAAAGAAUCAGUGCCAAUGGCACUCCAUACCCUGGCAGGCACCAGGCUCCCGCAUCACCCAUCCAUCGCUUCACUAGUUCAGCAACCCCGACACCAGACUCCAAACCGGUUGACAGACCUUUAGGGAGCUUACUGAGUUCAUCGUACAGACAGCAUCAGGAAUCUCUGGCUGCAGAGAGAGAGAGGAGACGUCUGGAAAGAGAAGAGCGUCUGCAGAGAAUCGAAAGAGAAGAGAGGAACCGCUUCAAUCAAAAUUAUGUAGACAAGAGGGAAGAAGUACGACAAGCCAGAGAGGAAAGGUACAAGGCAGUAGAGAGGCUAGCUGCUGAGGAGUUUGAGCGAGAACGUCCCAGAGUGCCAACAAGAGGACGGACAGAAAUCACUUUAUGUUUGAGUUCCAACCCUGCCAGCCGGUCAGCCUCCCGCUGCACCACACCGUCAUCCAUUUUCUCACAGGAAGACACCAUUACCACUGCACACCAGACGCCAGGAACAGAACACAUCUCAGAGCCAAACUAUGACCCGCAGACCAGGACCAAAAGUCCAGCGCCAGAGUUAAUAGUAUCGGAACCUUCCCCCAUGCCUCCCUCCGAGCCAGACGAGCAGCAGACUCAGACAGAGUCGCCUGCAGAGACAGAGGACGUUGUUGAGCCCAGAGACCAGAAAAUGACGGCAGAGACGGCGUCACAUGAACAGUCGGACAUGAACAAAGAAGAGAGUCGAGAGCAGGAGAAACUUGAGGAACAGAAACAGUGCACAGAUGAGGUAGUGGUAGAAGAGCAGGUAGAAGAAGCUGAGGUGUCAGAUGUGGCAGAGGUGGGAGAGCCAGAUGCAGAGGCGAAUGUUGAGUUAGAGGAAGAGUUUGAGAAGGAGCAGCCGACAGAAAGGGAUGUAGAAGACAGUGUACUGCUGAGCGAGAAGGAGAGACAGAAUGAGGAAGUGAAUGAAAAGGACAACUGCUCGGCAUCCAGCAUCUCCUCCACGAGUAGCACUCUGGAGAGGGAAGAGCGGGAGGAGAAACUCAGCAAUGACAUUGAAGGAGGCCAAUGGACCCAGUGCAUUAAAGACGCAGAUGUGAAUGACCAGUGUAACAAAAUACUCAACAGCAAGCGCUUCAUGCUGGACAUGCUUUAUGCUCAGAAGACAGCCAGCAACGAUGAAGAGAAUGUAGCAGAGACGGAGAAAGAAGCAUGUAAAUGUGAGAAGGAGACAGAAGUCAGUGACUCCUCGGUGGCUAGCUUGGCCAGUAGGAUCUCCACACUGGAGGCUCACAGACAGGCCAGAGAAGAAAAUGUGAAGAAAAUGGAGGUGGGACAUCUGGACAACCAGGGUAGUGUGCGAGCCGUGGCAGAGAAGUUUGGAGAUUUAGUCAAAGGCCUGACAUCUCAUCCUGAGGCAGAGGCCUCGAAAGAGCAGCAGCAAACGGACAAAUCAUCAACCGGUGCCUCAUCGACGUUACCGCCUAAGAAAGAGUCAGAUUAUAUCUGGGAUCAGCUGAUGGCUACACCCAGGGAGCUGCGGAUCAAAGAAAUGGACUUCACAGACCUGAGGGACGAGGAUGACCUGGACAUUUUAGAUAUGGACAACGUGAUGGGAACAAGUGACAUGAUACCACCACCUCCCCCUCCCCCAUGCAGCUCAGCCCUACCACCACCCCCGCCACCUCCCUUGUUGGGCAAAAUGAUGCCCCCACCCCCACCAUUUAUGGCCCCUAUGCCUCCACCCUCCCCUCAGUUGUGUCGCGGGGAGGUGCCUCUCUUCCAAAAGAAGAAGAAGACCAUCCGUCUCUUCUGGAACGAGGUGCGUCCCGUGGACUGGCAGUGUAAGAGCCAUAAAUUCUGUAAGGAGUCCCUCUGGUCCAAACUGGAGCCAAUUAAGCUGGACACAUCCAAGAUGGAGCAGCUGUUUGAGACCAAAUCCAAGGAGCUGCCUGUCACAAAGAAAGCAGCUGUUGAUGGCAAACGACAAGAAAUCAUAGUGCUGGAUUCAAAACGUAGCAAUGCUAUAAACAUCGGCUUGACUGUCUUACCUCCCCCCCGCACCAUCAAGACCGCUAUCCUCAACUUCGAUGAGUAUGCACUGAACAAGGAAGGCAUUGAGAAAAUCCUGACGAUGAUCCCCACAGAGGAGGAGAAGCAGAGGAUCCAGGAGGCUCAGCUGGUCAGCCCUGAUAUUCCCCUGGGCAGCGCUGAACAAUUCCUUCUCAUCCUCUCCUCCAUCACCGAGCUGUCUGCUCGACUGCAGCUGUGGGCAUUCAAGAUGGACUAUGAGCUUAUUGAGAAGGAAGUGGCAGAGCCUCUCCAGGACCUGAAGGAAGGGAUGGACCAGUUAGAGAAAAACAAGACACUCCGAUACAUCUUGACCACAUUGCUGGCCAUAGGCAACUUCCUCAACAGCACUAAUGCUAAAGGCUUUGAGUUGAGUUACUUGGAGAAAGUCCCCGAAGUGAAGGACACGGUUCACAAGCAGUCCCUGCUGCACCACGCCUGCUCAAUUGUGGUUGAGAAGUUUCCAGACAGCACUGACCUCUACUCUGAGAUAGGAGCUAUCACCCGCUUGACGAAGGUGGACUUUGACCAGCUUCAAGACAAUCUGGCCCAGAUGGAGCGAAGGUGCAAAGCAUCAUGGGAUCACCUCAAGGUCAUUGCGAAACAUGAGAUGAAACCAGCAUUGAAACAAAAAAUGUCAGACUUCCUCAAGGACUGUGCAGAGAGAAUCAUUAUUUUGAAGAUUGUGCAUCGAAGAAUAAUCAACAGGUUCCAUGCCUUUCUGCUGUUCUUGGGCCAUCCGAUAUAUGCAGUACGUGAGGUUAGCAUUCAUCGCUUUAGCAAGAUCUUGAGUGAAUUUGCCCUGGAGUAUCGCACAACAAGAGAGCGCGUGCUACAACAGAAACAGAAGAGGGCCAACCACAGAGAGAGGAACAAGACCAGGGGGAAAAUGAUAACAGAUAGUGAGGAUGACGAUGACUGCGAGAGCGGUAAAUUUGGUGGUGCCCCAUCAGAAGCACAGGAGAGCCAGCCUCAGGGUAUCCAGUAUGCUGAAGAUGCAGCUGAACAUGAGAACAUGAAGGCUGUACUGAAGAGCAGCCUGCAGGGUGGAGAGAGUGGGACGUCCACGGUGCCCGGCCUCCGCACACGCACCAGAGCCAGCAGCACCAGAGGGCGUGUUCCCCCAUGGUGCUCUGCCAAUGACGACCCAGUGAACUGCACAGACGAUACAGCUGAUGAGAUCAUGGAGAGGAUUGUUAGAUCAGCCACUCAGGGGCCCAGUCAGCGGACGCAACCUCGGGAGAGGAGAAGAUCCCGAGCGAACCGAAAAUCAUUGAGGAGGACACUGAAGAACGGUCUGACAACAGAGGAGGCAAACGCUCUUGGCUUGUCCAGUGGAUCAGAGAUGCAGGUGUGAGCUGGACAUUAAAAUAAAGUCUGGAAAGCCCUUUCACUGCCCCUCCAACGCCCACACGCCCACAACCUGGCAACCCACUCCACUCCGGCUUGGCACUAAAAUCCCCCCAGCUUCGAUGAGUUGACCUCAUCUUUAUGCGAUUGGUUUGCGUCCAUUUGACACAAGUGGGUCCUGAAAAGAGUGGAUGAGAGGCGGAACAAGAUUUUAGUCAUGAACUGAGAGAGCGGAAACCGAGCGCUGCGUUCAAACCACUAAGCUUUGCUGUUCCUGGAUAAACGUUUAUGAUCUGCACUCACUAGGCUUAAUUACAAUCAUCCUAUGAACUUGACAUUACAUACAAACACCCGCGCAAAUGUGUGCUUUUUAAGGCCGAGGGCAUGAGAAGAAUUGGCAGUGCGUAUGCUUCAGCCUCCGUGGCCUUGACUGAAUCCAAAAGGGCUAGAAGUGUGGUACAGACCCUAAACUCUCUGUUGUGUGAGUUUGGCGUCAAGUCCUGAAGCUUUAGUGACAAAUUGAAUUGAAAGAAAUUUCAUCUAUUGAAUAGAUGGCUUUGUGCAGAAGGUUAUUCUGUUAUAUACUACUGUGGUAGUUUUGUGUUUCUUUUCAUUUUGCUCAAGAAGGUGCUCAAAUAAGGAACAAUUGCACUGGAUGUAAAAGUUGGGUAUCAAUGGAAUGUGAAAUCCUUGACACUGAUGAACCACUCUGACAUCUGAAUCUGAAAAUAUACUCAACAGUUUAACCAGCAAAUCAAACAGUAGCACAGUUUUUAACGUGUAGUCAAAGUGGACAGAUUCAAGGCAGAUGUGCAUCUAAAUCGUCAAAUGUUUGUUAGUCGACUGCAAUUUCCAUUUUUGUAAAGAUCACAGUUCAGUUAACUGUGGGUGAGACUGGCGAUACCACUACCUUUCGACGACUAAAGCUCAUCAUGCAAACAUUUUUAGCUUAGACAAAUGUUGACGAGUUGCGUUAUGUAACUUAUUCUCACAGAUGGGAAACAGUUUGAGGAAGGCAGGCGCAGUGUUACAGGUGAGCGACCUUCACAGAGUUCUGUGGUUUUAUUUUCUAGAAACUAUGAGCUGCACAUUUCAGAGUGCCUUUCAGAGACAGUUAUUUAUUAAGACGUUUUCAGGGACAUAUAAUCAAGAAAAUGUUACUACAGAUGUGCAGUCUGUGAGGGGGGGUGAGAGGAUAAUUUUGCAAUGUACAUCAUUCAUGAGCUGUGAUUUAUUUUUAACCAGUGUUUUUAAACUUGUCCUGGCAAAAUUUCUUUUUUCCAUGUUACGUCUUGGAUAAAAUAGUUUGUUAUGAAGAUAGCUUUAAAGUAUUUAUGACAACUUAGGGAUUGGUUAUGCACAUUAACUAUAUCCUGUUGCCUUACUGUAGGAAAUAGGCACACAUUGUUCCACGUUUAAGUUGCGAUCUAGGUAAAAUAGUUAGAAAAAGACCAGGCCAGAUUAACGUGUAGCUCAGCUGCAUCACUGGACAUCUCCAUUUGUCAUUCACAGGACAUAUUAUAGAGUAUUCCUUCACUCUCAAACUAUGAAUGUGAACAUCAGGGGUUACAUGAUAAUUAGUAAUAUGGUCGCACAGAAAAUUUCCAUUAUUUAUCUAUUUUAAGACAUGUAAAUCUGUAUUGAAGUGAGUAGGGGAAAGCCUGCGGUUUAACUUUGAUUAUAUACUGUAGGUCUGUUUUUGAACUAUUGAAGAGCUCAUUGUGCUUUUAAAUCAUUUGGAAUGGCUACAUUUAAACUAGUUUAUAUCACAGAAAGGUUAAUCUGUCCACUUUUCACUGUGAUGGAAACAUAGCCAUUGAGAGAAACAAGAAUCUAGCGCAACAUCAUGAUAAAGCUACAUAAAACCACACCAGCAGUAAGUUUUUUUUUUUUUGUUUGUUUUGUUUAGAAUUUACUGAAACCUAUUCAGCACCUUAGACUCAAUGUGUAGCAUGCAACUUAAUAGUUAUGGGGGGAGGGGGAGCUCAUUUUGUUUCCCAGAGUGUACUGAGUUUUGUCAAAAACAAGACCGAUGUGUAAAGUAAUAUAGGGGGAAUGCUGUAAAAUGAUGUACAUGUCAUGACAAUGUCUUUAUGUUCUUCUGUUGUUUUUUUUGCUCCAUGUGUAGAAUAGUGUAUUAUAGACUAAAAGCAGUAUUAUUCUAAAUAUAAUUUAAGCAAACCAAGCCAUGCAUGGUUUAAAAAGGUGUCCACUUCUGCUCGAUACAAAAGAAGGUUCACUUUGGUUCUCAGAGCUGUAAUAGGGUUUGUGUGCGUGUUAUUUAACCUUUUAAACUUCACACACUAUAAAGUGAACAAAUGUGGUGAAACGUGCAGUAAUGAAAUUCACCAGCUAGUCCUGUGGAAUCCCUUAGAAGUCUUUGAUUUCAUUGCACUCAAUGUUUUCUUCUUUUAAUUUAACACUAGCCCACCAAACACACGUUGCUGCCUGUGCCAUAACAUCACUGUGGAACUUGGACACAAGUGCUAUACAUCCAAGGCUUCUAUUGCGUCUAUACCCCACAGCAAAAACUAUGUAACAACUACAAUAAAAAGGCUAAUUAAAACAGCUUUUGACAGUUUUUUUUUUAAUCAUCUUUCAAUUGUGUUGUUUUCCGAGUUUCCUCCAGGGAAAAGUAAGUGUCACAUCUGACACUUUUUGGGGGAAGGAAAAAGCAAACAAACAAAAAUAAAAAACAAAAACAACUUAAGCCUCUUUAUUUUCAGUCCACACAACCCAUGCUUCAAGUCACUUUAUGUUCAAGAGCACACAGAGGCCGAUGCAGCGCAUCUGGUGUUUACAAAUGGCCAUCAUACAGACCUCAUUUGGUCUUGCUUUAAAAUUCCUAUAUAUCCACAGGUGUUAUGGAUCUAAAUGUGAUUAUGGUUUGCCUUUAAUAAAUUGCAGAGACAUUAAGAUGAACAAGACAGCUACCUAAAAAGGGAAAGGGCGGGAGAGAAAUGUUGGAAAAUACAACAGAGAGAAAAAAAAAAAAAAGAAGAAAGAAAAAUGAAAAAGCACAAAAAAAAAAAAAAA